UUAGAUAUGUCGACGUAUCCUGUUGAAAGCAUUAGAAACUUCAGUAUUAUAGCUCACGUAGAUCAUGGCAAAAGUACUCUAGCAGACAGAUUGUUGGAAAUUACUGGAACAAUUGCUAAAACUGGCCGUAACAAACAAGUGCUGGAUAAACUGCAAGUGGAACGCGAGAGAGGAAUUACAGUUAAAGCACAAUCUGCAUCUCUCUUUUACAGUCAUGGAGGAGUAAACUACCUGUUAAAUCUUAUUGACACGCCAGGCCACGUAGAUUUCAGCUAUGAAGUGUCUCGGUCACUGUCUGCCUGUCAAGGUGUCAUACUUGUAGUGGAUGCAAAUGAGGGUAUUCAGGCUCAGACAGUGGCAAACUUCUAUCUUGCUUUUGAAGCACAGCUUGCAAUAAUUCCUGUCAUAAAUAAGAUUGACUUGAAGAAUGCAGACCCUGAAAGAGUUGAAAAACAAAUUGAGAAGCUCUUUGAUAUCCCUAUAGAUGAAUGUGUAAGGAUUUCUGCUAAACAAGGAACAAAUGUUGAAAAAGUUCUUCAAAAGGUCAUUGAGAAGAUUCCACCACCCCACUGUAAUACUGCUGAUCCAUUGAAAGCCUUAGUAUUUGACUCCACCUUUGACCACUACCGAGGCGUCAUAGCUAACAUUGCACUCUUUGGUGGGGAGAUUCAGAAAGGGUAUAAAAUUGUGUCCGCACACACAAAGAAAAGAUAUGAAGUUAAUGAAGUUGGAAUUCUGACUCCAAAUGAGCAGCCAACGCAUAAACUAUAUGCUGGACAGGUGGGCUACCUGAUUGCUGGAAUGAAAGAAGUAACAGAAGCCCAAAUAGGAGACACACUGUUUUUGUAUAAACAGCCAGUGGAGCCUUUGCCUGGCUUUAAGUCAGCGAAGCCAAUGGUUUUUGCAGGAAUGUAUCCUGUAGAUCAAACAGAAUAUAAUAAUCUCAAAAGUGCUUUGGAAAGGCUGACAUUGAAUGACUCCAGUGUAACUGUUCAUCGUGACAGUAGCCUUGCCUUAGGAGCUGGAUGGAGGUUGGGUUUCCUUGGUCUUUUACAUAUGGAAGUUUUUAAUCAACGUUUGGAGCAAGAGUACAACAUGUCUGUUAUUUUAACUGUACCUACGGUUCCUUAUAAAGCUAUUCUUUCCUCAGCAAAGUUGAUAAAGGAGUAUGGUAAAGCAGAGAUUACUAUUAUCAACCCUGCUCAGUUUCCUGAUAAACUUUCAGUAUCUGAAUAUUUGGAGCCAACUGUUCUUGGUACUAUUGUAACACCUCAUGAAUAUAUUGGGAAAAUAAUUGCUUUGUGUCAGGAUCGUAGGGCGGUACAGAAGGAUAUGUUGUACAUUGAUGAACGCAGGGUUAUGCUAAAAUACCUCUUUCCACUGAAUGAGAUUGUGGUGGAUUUUUAUGAUGCUCUUAAGUCUCUGUCUUCUGGUUAUGCAAGUUUUGAUUAUGAAGAUGCAGGAUACCAGACAGCAGACCUUAUCAAAAUGGAUAUUCUUCUAAAUGGAAAUCCAGUUGAAGAACUGGCAACUAUCACACACAAUGAUAAGGCAUAUGCUACUGGUAAAUUUCUGUGUGAACGUUUAAAAGAUGCUAUACCUAGGCAGUUGUUUGAAAUAGCCAUCCAGGCUGCUAUUGGCAAGAAAAUCAUUGCAAGAGAAACGCUGAAAGCUUACAGAAAAAAUGUUGUGGCAAAAUGUUAUGGUGGAGACAUUACAAGAAGAAUGAAGCUUUUAAAGAGGCAGGCAGAAGGGAAGAAGUUGAUGAGAAAAAUCGGCAAUGUGGAAGUGCCAAGAGAUGCCUUUAUACGUGUUUUAAAGAGACAACCUGACAAAUAGAGAUCAGUGACAUGCAGCUGAUUAUUCUGUCAAGUUUUUGUAGACAGUAGCUUGAUGAGCUAACGUAUAAUUUAUCACUGUGAGAGGGAACAUAUUUUACUUUAAAUGGUGUAAAUGAAAUAUAUGUGGGAACAUAAAUUGAAAGGACUAUGUACUUAAAAUGUACAGAUACUUGUAGAUUAUUAUGAAAUUAGAGUUAUUUCAUUUGACUUAACUGAAUCUAAAAGUUGCCAUUGUAUUGUUUUUCAUUGCAUUC